UUGCCAUAUUUGUCCUGCCGGGCCCCACCAAUGUCACCCCUAGAGGUUCCGAAGAGCUCACCUUAGCCCAUGCGGGAUUAGGAAAAAGAGUGUUGGCUGUUUCAGAUCAAAGCAGACAUGAACAGAUUGUCAGACAGAUGGAGGAGGAGUUUUUGAAACUCAAACCACUUAAUGGAAGAUGGAUGUUCCACAAAGCAGCAGGUGGAAGCGGCCAGAGAAGGUUGUCUGUGAUACCCAUGGAUGCAGAGGGUUAUAGUGGCCACCAACUUCGAUCUGCAUCAAAUAAUGGCAAAAUAGUUCUAUUCUUGGUGCCCCUCCAGGAGGAAAUGGACACAGAGCCUCUCCCCUUUGAUGCUACAGAAUUUUCAAGAAUGCCUCAGGUGCCAUGUGUUAAGUGCAACACAACCAUGCCGCUACAAAUGUUGGCACUGCACGCUGAAAAAUGCAAAGAAGUGUCUAAUGAGCAAGCCGAGCCUACAGAUGUUGAUGAAGACAGUGAACAUGACAUUUGUGAGGGACAUGAAACAACCAUGGACAAUUUGGGGGAACGAGAGAUCUGCCCUAUAUGCCAGGGGAACUUCUUAAAGUCAGUGCUCCCUUAUCAUGCCAGUGAAUGCUGGGACAGAGCAUUCAACAGUGAAGCAGUGUUGGAGGUAGUCCCGGACCUUCCAGGGCCAUCAUCCGUAACUCCUGUACCUUAUUCACCAGCAGAAACUGAAAGUACUAAGGUGUGGAAAGAGGUGAACGAUCCACAAAAGGCAGUACAGCUGUUCCUCAAACAACUGAAACAAGGAGGAAAGCAGCAGGGGACUCUCAUACUCACCCUGGAUGCUACGGACAGUGACGAGGAGCGAGCUAUGUCACUCAUUUCAUUCUACAAGCAUAACCGUGACAAGAUGCAAUGGGCAGCUCCUUUUCGCUGUCGCAUUCAAGGAGAUGCAGCAGUUGGUAGAGGUGUGACAAGACACAUCAUCUCAUCUGCCAUUACCAAACUGAAAAGGGGAUUUAAAAUGAACUUUGGAAAUGCUGCAGCAACUGCAAUGUUUGAAGGGGAAACUGAUCAUCUUGUACCAACCACAUCAGCAGUGCUUGUUGAGAGUGAGCUUUUUGUGAUGGCUGGUCGGCUGAUUGGCCACUCAGUAAUUAACGGAGGCCCAGCCCUGUCAGGGCUCAGCUUGGCAGUGGUGCAUGCCUUGACAAAUGGUUCAAAGGAAUUGGCCACAACAUACCUUUCUCUGAAGGACUGCCCAGAUAUUGACCACCGGGAGACCAUUGGUCUUCUGCUGAAAGAUGAAAUGACUGAGGAAGAGACUUCAAGGGUGUCCAGUCUAUGUAUGGAAUGGUAUUUCCCUGUACCAACCAAAGGGACAAAUAAACUCCUCCUCCUACAGCAGCUUCUCUCUCAUGUGGUCCUCACUCGACUCAGUGUGCAAGUAAAGCACCUUAAAAAGGGACUAAAAGAAACGGGCAUCUGGCCACUGAUUACCUCUAGACCUGAUGUGGUGCCACUCCUUUUCCCCCGAGAAUGUGAAGUUGAAAUCACUCCCCAGAUGGUCCUGCAGUCAAUCAUUUGGCCUCAGGCGAGGCAAACUGAUGAGAGUGAGGACAGUGAUGACCUGGAAUCAGAAACCAUGCAAGUGGCAGGGUUCUUCCGUCAGUUUGUCGAAGAAGCAUCUUCAGACAAUCUGCGCCAGCUCAUGAGAUUCUGGGUUGGCUGGGAGGUUCCAUGCCAAGACCUCAAGCUGGAAAUAGUGCAGUCCACUGGACCAAGGCACCUGCCCACCUCCUCCACCUGUAACGAGCGUUUACGCCUUCCAAGCCAUUACAGUACUUAUUCUGCUCUACUGGCAGACAUGAUGGUGUGUCUUAAAUCUGUAGAGACAGGCUUUGGUCUGGUUUAA